GAAACAAACAGCAGAUGCACCGGUGUGUAGAUGGAGGAAUGUUAGCGCGGAGAACGGCUAUCCCACUGUGACCGCGUCGUGUUACGGCUUUAAUCAAAGGAACUGAACUACAGCAUCCAAGAGAAUUAAGUUCACAUGUGACCAGUGUGGAAAGAUGUGGCCAUCUUCUUCCAGACUCAAAGUUCACUACAGAACUCACACAGGAGAAAGGCCAUACAGCUGUGACCAGUGUGGGAAGGCGUUUAAACAGUCUAGUGCACUCAAAGCACACAUGAGAAUCCACACAGGAGAAAGGCCAUACAGCUGUGACCAGUGUGGGAAUGAAUUUAAACAGGCUGGUGCACUCAAAGCACAUAUGAGAAUCCACACGGGAGAAAGGCCAUACAGCUGUGACCAGUGUGGGAAUGAAUUUAAACAGGCUGGUGCACUCAAAGUACAUAUGAGAAUCCACACGGGAGAAAGGCCAUACAGCUGUGACCAGUGUGGGAAGGAAUUUAAAGACUUGGGUGCGCUCAAAGUACAUAUGAGAAUCCACACGGGAGAAAGGCCAUACAGCUGUGACCAGUGUGGGAAGGAAUUUAAAGACUUGGGUGCGCUCAAAGCACACAUGAGAAUCCACACAGGAGAAAGGCCAUACAGCUGUGACCAGUGUGGGAAUGAAUUUAAACAGGCUGGUGCACUCAAAGUACAUAUGAGAAUCCACACGGGAGAAAGGCCAUACAGCUGUGACCAGUGUGGGAAGGAAUUUAAAGACUUGGGUGCGCUCAAAGUACAUAUGAGAAUCCACACGGGAGAAAGGCCAUACAGCUGUGACCAGUGUGGGAAGGAAUUUAAAGACUCGGGUACACUCAAAGUACAUAUGAGAAUCCACACGGGAGAAAGCCCCUUCAGCUGUGACCAGUGUGGGAAAGCAUUUAAACAAGCUGAUGCACUCAAAGUACAUAUGAGAAUGCACACAGGAGAAAGGCCAUACACAUGCGACCAGUGUGGGAAGGCAUUUAAAUACUCGGGUUCACUCAAAUUACAUAUGAAUAUCCACACGGGAGAAAGGCCAUACAGCUGUGACCAGUGUGGGAAUGAAUUUAAAGAGGUUGCUGCACUCAAAGUACAUAUGAGAAUCCACACGGGAGAAAGGCCAUACACAUGUGACCAGUGUGGGAAGGAUUUUAAACACUCAGGUUCACUCAAAGUACAUAUGAGAAUCCACACAGGAGAAAGGCCAUACACAUGUGACCAGUGUGGGAAGCAAUUUAAAUAUUCUAAUGUCCUCCAUCAACAUAUGAGAAUCCACACAGGAGAAAGGCCAUACAGCUGUGACCAGUGUGAGAAAGCAUUCUCUUUUUCAUCCAAUCUGAAUAGUCACUACCGAACACACACAGGAGACAAACCAUACGACUGCAAACAGUGUGGAAAGAUGUGGCCUUUUGCUUCCAGUCUCAAAGUUCACUACAGAACUCACACAGGAGAGAAGCCAUUUAAAUGUGACCGGUGUGGAAUGGAAUUUCGACGGUCUGAUCAUCUGGAUCGACACAUGAGAGUCCACACGGGAGAAAGCUCAUACAGCUGUGACCAGUGUGGGAAGGCAUUUAAAAGCCCUGAUGCACUUAAAGUACACAUGAGAAUCCACACAGGAGAAAGGCCAUACAGCUGUGACCAGUGUGGGAAGGCAUUUAGAGACUCGGGUACACUCAGAGCACAUAUGAGAAUCCACACAGGAGAACGACCGUACAGCUGUGACCAGUGUGGGAAUGAAUUCAAACAGGCUUUUGCACUCAGAGCACAUAUGAGAAUCCACACAGGAGAAAGCCCCUACAGCUGUGACCAGUGUGGGAGAGCAUUUAAACGCGCUGAUGCACUCAACAUACAUACGAGAAUCCACACAGGAGAAAGCCCCUACAGCUGUGACCAGUGUGGGAAUGAAUUCAAACAGGCUUUUGCACUCAAAGCACAUAUGAGAAUCCACACAGGAGAAAGCCCCUACAGCUGUGACCAGUGUGGGAGAGCAUUUAAACGCGCUGAUGCACUCAACAUACAUACGAGAAUCCACACAGGAGAAAGCCCGUACAGCUGUGACCAGUGUGGGAAGGCAUUUAAAAGUGCUGAUGCACUUAAAGUACACAUGAGAAUCCACACAGGAGAAAGGCCAUACAGCUGUGACCACUGUGGGAAGGCAUUUAAAAGCGCUGAUGCACUUAAAGUACACAUAAGAAUCCACACAGGAGAAAGGCCAUACAGCUGUGACCAGUGUGGGAAGGCAUUUAGAGAUUCGGGUACACUCAAAGUACAUAUGAGAAUCCACACAGGAGAACGACCAUACAUAUGUGACCAGUGUGAGAAAGCUUUCUCUCAUUCAUCCAAUCUGAAUAGACACAUGAGAAUUCACAGUUGUUCUACACUGUAUGAGUGUGGUCAGUGUGAAAAGGCUUUUAAAACAUCGCAGCAACGCUCCAGUCACUACCGAACACACACAGGAGACAAACCAUACGACUGUGAAGAGAGUGGGAAGGCUUUAAGAUCUGUGAGGAACCGUCUGAACCAAGUUUCCAGACUGAAGAGAAGAGCAGCAGCUGUGACCAGUGUGGGAGGACCUGCUCAUCUGAAAGUGCACUGUCUUGAACACACUAAAGGAGACAGAGCUGCUGAGGCUGGAUCAUGUGAGGCUAAAGUCAGACUCAAAAAGCUGGAGAUCAGGCUUCAGAGACUCCAGACUGUGGAGUUGACCUCAGUGUAGAGUCAAAAAGUACAAACAUUAUGUGUUAAGAUUAAGAUUUUUUUCAAACAGAAUUUUUUUUAUUCCACACUUUUCAGCUGGAAUUUACUUUCUCCAUCUUAUUUUUAUUUUAUUUUAUUUUUUUAAACAAGUUGUUCUGGUUCACAGAAACACCCUUGUUAGU